ACUACGAGUGCGCGCCGAGGUCAAAGGUUGCUUGGUGAUAUGGCGAGCUGGAGGAAUUUUAUUUUUAUUAUUAUGUAUUUCUUUUCUUGAAAAGGUUUGCUUAAUAAACAAGAAUGGAUCUUCCAGAGGCAAUAGAGAUGGAAGAUAUGGAGAUCCCUCCUCCUGAUGCCCCACCCUACACCAACACUCUUCACACCCAGAAGGCUUUUGAGGUGCUCAACGUCUUCAGAAAGCAAAAUGUUUUAUGUGAUGUGAUUCUGGAAGCGGAGGGUGUGGAGAUCCCGGCUCACCGCAUCGUCCUCGCGUCCUGCAGUCAGUACUUCUCUGCGAUGUUCACGAGUGAACUAUCCGAGAGUCGUGCGGAGAAGAUCAUCCUUCAGGAGGUGGAUGGCAGAGCCCUUUCGUUGCUCAUUGAUUUCGUCUACACCUCAGAAGUUCAGGUUACAGAGGAAAAUGUUCAGACGUUGCUGCCUGCUGCCAGUUUACUGCAGCUGAAUGACGUUCGAGACGCAUGCUGUGACUUCCUACAGAAGCAACUCCAUCCUACGAACUGUCUUGGUAUCAGAGCGUUUGCCGACGUGCACUCGUGUAGCGAACUUUAUCACUAUGCCCAGAAUUAUACCAUGCAGCAUUUCAGUGCGGUUGUCCACAGCGAUGAGUUCUUUGCACUGCCUGCUGCUCAAGUCUGUGAAUUGAUAAGCAGCGAUCACCUGACAGUUCAUUCCGAAGAAGAGGUAUUUGAAGCCGUGGUAUCGUGGGUAAAGCAGGAUCCUAGUAACCGUAGCGACUACAUGCCUCAGCUGGUUGAGCAUGUCCGAUUACCUCUCCUCUCUAGGGACUAUCUCAUCCAACGGGUCGAGGAGGAACAGCUCAUAAAAGGCAAUAGUGAUUGUAAAGACUUUUUGAUAGAAGCCAUGAAAUACCACCUAUUACCUAAAGAACAGAGAGGUACAAUGAAGAAUCCUAGGACCAGAUUACGAACCCCAAUCGGUCUACCAAAGUUAAUGUUGGUAGUUGGUGGACAAGCCCCCAAAGCUAUCCGCAGCGUUGAAGUGUAUGACUUCAAGGAAGAGACCUGGACGCAAGCAGCUGAAAUGCCUUCAAGGAGAUGCAGAGCAGGAGUUGCUGUUCUUAAUGGCAUGGUCUAUGCCGUUGGUGGAUUCAACGGGUCGCUGAGAGUGAGAACGGUUGAUGUCUACGAUCCUGUGAGGAAUAUGUGGUCUUCGGUAGCAUCCAUGGAAGCGAGGCGUAGUACGUUAGGUGUAGCAGUCUUAAAUGGGAUGAUUUAUGCCGUAGGCGGAUUUGACGGCACCACAGGUUUGAGUAGCGUAGAGGCAUACGAUCCUAAGAUUAAUGAAUGGAGACCGGUAGCACAGAUGAACACAAGACGGAGUAGUGUAGGAGUGGCUGUCCUUAAUGGGUUCCUGUAUGCUGUAGGUGGUUAUGAUGGAGCAUCAAGGCAUUGUUUGAGCUCAGUAGAAAGAUACGACCCGGCUGAAAAUAAAUGGUCUACUGUGGCUGAGAUGAGCACAAGAAGAAGUGGUGCAGGUGUCGGUGUGGUAGAUGGGUUACUCUAUGCAGUAGGCGGUCAUGAUGGUCCGAUGGUUAGGAAGAGUGUGGAGGUAUAUAACCCAGAUUCAGAUAGAUGGUCACAAGUAGCUGAUAUGACUCUAUGCCGUAGGAACGCAGGUGUCGCAUCAGUGAACGGACUCCUGUACGUUGUAGGCGGGGACGAUGGAACGUCAAAUCUUGCCUCUGUGGAAUGCUUCAAUCCAAGAACUGAUAAUUGGUCGUUGGUACGCUCCACCAUGACGACGGGGCGCAGUUAUUCGGGAAUCGCGACCAUCGACAAGGUCCCGCAUCUAAACGCUUACCGGGAAGGGAAUUCGCUGCAGUGGGAUCCCGAGAGCAUGAAGACGGAAGGAGCUUAUGCCCAACUACCAAAUCCAUGAUGAGGAGCAUUAUCAGCGUUAUUUGGACAAGCCACGUGAGAUUUCACAUGCAGAGCGAAUAGCUUGAAGGACAUCGUCGAUCGCAGUUCGACGUCGAGUCCACGAACUUGAGCUUCACCUCUCCGUGCAUGUAAAUGAUUUUAUUUGCGUAGUGAGCAAUCAAUCUGCAUGGAAGAAGAGUUUUUCAUGGACUUUUAUUUAUCUGGUUGAUAAAUGAUUAAGUAUUCGAGUGUAUAUUUACUGUUAUAUUCAACUCCUGAUGGCAGUGCAAUGGGCUGAAUAGGUCUCUUUCUUGCUUCAUGCUUUAUCAAGAACGAGGAAUGCGUGAAACCACCGACUUCACCUCGCCCCCGUUAACUGUAGCUCUCAUUUGCAAACGAAAUAGGAAAAUCACCCCGCGGUCCUUUCUAUAUGGUUCAUGCAAUAAGUAGUAUUUGCAUCUUUUCUGUUGAGCAUUAAUUCCUUUGAAAUCUACAAUUUGAGGAAUCAAUAACAUCUGGAAAUGUUGAGGCUUUCCCUCGGCCCAAAGAGUUGUAAUUGGUCCGAUCAAUCGCAAUUAUGGAAGGCCAGCAAGAACAUUAAAUAGAAUGUGUAGAUCCUCUCAAAUCAUGUCCUCUGAAUUUGACAGCUACUCAUGCGUACAUCAUUGUAUUGGUCCAUUAUCAUGAUCCUUGUUUGCAAAGGGAUAGUUGCAUACUCUUAUAGAUAAAGAGUGGGGCUUGAUAAAGAACAUUUCUCAUAUUUCUUUAAGUUUAAGUGGAAAAACAUGGCAUUGUUUUAUACACAGAUUUGUAAAAAGUAUUUAUUGACCUUAUUUGUGUUAGAUGUGGUCUGAAACUGGUCUUUCCGCAAUUAUUUACAUGUAAAUUGAAGUAACUGUAUACUGUUAAAACCACUGAACAUACUGUGCAUUUGCAGAACCAAAUCAUGUGACCAAAUUAUUACUUCUUUAUUUCCAACUGCAAGAUAAACCUCAAGUCGAAUGAUCCAGAAUAUUUGAUUUUUUUUCUGUGUUUCAAGAUCUGGGCAAGAAUGACAUCACAUCUAAAACGUGUCCAAUAUAUUUCCUCUACAGAUUAUUAUGUCAUUGUCAAAUUCAUGAGCUCCCUCAAAAGUUAAAUCUUCCGAAGUGGCAAGAUUUUUCAAGUCAUGUGUAAUAACCUGAUUUUUGAAUGACAAUCAUUUGUUGUGAGAUGCUAACCUGUUCAUCAAAAUAUAUAGUUGUAUGGCUAAAGGGGUGUUGCAAGGAAAUAUUUUCAAUCAAUCGCAAAUAUUCUGUCGCAAUUUUACAGUUGAUUGAUCACUUUUAACAAUCAGAAGACACCCCUUGUUUUAUGAAGCAGAUUAGCAAUCAAUCGCAAAUUUGCAAUUAAUUGCACAGAAUGUGCUUGAUUUCGGGAACGAAAAUAGACUUGCAAUUGAUCGCAAGUUUCUUGCAACGCCCCGUAAGGGGUUGUUUUCACCAACACUUUUUUUAUGAACUUCUUUUUGUGGUGGAUCAUAAAAAAUUUGGAAAUUAUUUGUCUGUACUAAAUAGGGAAUGAUCACAUCAGUCAUUUACUUUACCUUAAACAGAACCCAAUCACCAGAAUAAUGUUUAUGUGAUCGCUUUCUGAGCGAUUUGAUAUGCGGUUUGGGACACAGUUACAUGUACGUGUACCUAGACUCUCUUCAGUUUGCCAGCGUCCUUCACAUCUGUAACUACCCGCAAUCUUUUUAUUUAUUGAAUAUCUAAACUAUGCAGUAGAUAGUCGAUGUUAUUACGAUAUAUCCACCAUGAAAACUCCCCUCGAACCUUUAUAAUGGUAGCUGCUAGAAAUCCAUCUCACGGCAUAAAAUUAUUGUUCAUGAACAAGCUAAAAAAGGACACCUUUUUAUGCAAAAUUAGAAGGAUAGUGUGUAGAGGAAGUUGAAAAAGAGUAAGAAGACUUGGUAGUAAUCGCUAGUACAUUCCCAUAGUAUACAGUGUAUGUAUGUCCGUUGUUAAACAGGCUAUGAAAGAAAUGAAGAUUUGAAAGAAAAAAAUCAGCCUGAAUGAUUUGUAACUUGCCAAUCAUUAUUGCAUAUAAUUAUUUUACUGAGUCGGAUAUCACACGUUUUCACCAUGCAAUAAGACUAUGUGCUAUGUUGAGCUUUGAUUAUUAUUGUGAGAUAUGGAUAACUGUUGAUUAAAAAGCAUUUGGUAAGUAUGUCACCGAUGAAA